UAAGCUGCCUGUUUUCAAAUAAUAUGGCACUAGCAACUUCCACAACUGGUACAUCUUCUAGUUCUGACGACUGGCAGGCUACAAAGAGAACAAUUCGCGAAAGAACAUCAUUGAUGAUAAAUAACCCUCUGAUGAGCGAUGUCAAAUUUGCAGUUCCUCUCGAUCCAGGAUCGAGUACUGGCAGUGGCAGCCAAUUAAUCUAUGCUCACAAGCUUCUUUUAUCUCUCAGCAGCCCUGUAUUUCACGCCAUGUUUUACGGCAACGUGGCAGAUACCAGGGAAAUAAUUCCACUCUCCGAUUGUCAUUCUCGUAGUCUGAUAGAGUUUAUUCGCUAUUUAUACUCGGAUGAAGUGCAUUUGACCUCUGGGAAUGUAUUUGAAUUAUUGUAUUUAGCAAAGAAGUACAUCGUUCCUUUCCUGGCGGAGAGCUGUUGUCGUUUCUUGGAAUCGGAAUUGAGAGAAACCAACGUCUUUAGAAUUCUGGAGCACGCUAGGCUGUUUUCUGAACCUGACCUAGAGCAACGCUGCUGGCAGCUGUUGGAGGCCAAAACUACCGCUUGCCUUCAGAGUGAAGGCCUUCUUUGGAUCAGUCGCGACACUCUGUCAUCGCUCUUAAAGAGAGAUACACUUUCUUUGGUGGACGGAGAGUGCGCAAUAUUUAAAGCUGCGAGGAGAUGGGCGGCUGCCAACUGCAAAUUGCGGGAUUUUGAACCCACGGGCGAUAAGUUGAGAGGCGUACUUAAGGAAGUGUUGUACUUGAUACGCUUUCCUAUGAUGCCUCCCAGAUUGUUUGAGGAUAUUGUAGUACCAUCAGGUAUCCUAACAGAGCAAGAAAUAUCUCAAGUACACAUGUUCCACAAACAGGGCGCGUCCUCCACUGCUUGCCACGUCAAAUUUUCAUGCAAGCCUCGCGGUCCCCGGAUUCAAUCGGGAAGCUCAGAUGCCCAAUUGUCACGUUGUUAUCGGUACAGAGAAAAUCAAACAUUUCCAAGUUCCGAAUGUUUCAACUCAGUCUCUGAAAGCUUGAGAUUUUCAACCAGCAGAGAAGUGUACUUUGCUGGGGUUCGUCUUUAUGCCCACAAAGACGAAGACAAACAGUAUUCGGCUCAGCUUAGAGUUUCCAGAUGUCAUGGAUUGAAAGAAGAAGUUUCUGCUACGCGUGGGAUUUAUACAGUUGGAUACCUUGCAGGACAGGUACAUAAUAGGCUUGGGUUUGAUGUAUUAAUUCCGAAUCCAUUUCUUCUAACAAAGGAAUCACCUUUCGCUGUAAGGAUUUCAAUCUCAGGAAAUGAUGGAGCUAGAGUAUCUCCAAAUAAAGGCAUUCCGAUGACGUUUGUGAAAUGUGAAGGGAUCGAGUUCAAAUUCGAGGGAAAAUCGAGGCAGAUAUUGGAGAUACUGUUCUAUACUGUUGAUUGAAAAUGGAAAAGAGAAUAUCAACUGUUCAUAUUCUCUUGUAAUGGAACAAUGAUUAUUGCGUAUUAAGUUUAAGUAAAGAAAAAUGCUUUUUACUUCAGAUGACUAAACAGACUUCACUAGGUUUUUACUCCUGUAUAGAAAAAGUGGUUGUACUGAAUAACUUAUUAUCUGUUAAAGAAUAAUUUUCGGUGUCUCGUGGACAUUAAAUUCGGAGGAAUUUUGGAUCAAGCGGUAGACGACCUUUCAAUACUACUAGGCGUCCUUUUACUCUCUUAUACUCAAGCGCCUGAAGGAUGUUGUUUCUAAGCGGUUAACUUGCUGUAGUUUUGGAGAAAAUGAAAGAAACGUUUGUUCUAUAAUGAGUCCUGCAUUAAGCGCACACCU